UCUAUUGCAAAAGCCCAUCCUGUUUAUGUGCAUAACUGAUCGAUCGAUCUUGAUCUCACAUCGUUAAGUCGGCACCAUACGCGCUUGUCGCCUCAAUCUUUUGAACCCGGUCACCAGAAUGGCCACAGAAUGGUCCCUCGACUUUUGUCUAGUUUGUGACCGACAAACACUAGGGGGGCCUUAUUGUUCUCAAGCCUGUAGACUCGCUGAGCUAGAUCUUAUCCCGGAGACUGCAACGAUUGGCAUCCCUAUAUCAGUUCAUGGACAAAAUUCCCAAACGAUUGCAACAGAUAUCGCAGCCAGUGCAUCUAAAGAUGGUUACUGUCAGGACUUGGACAGGGUCUCGGUUUCGCGGCCUAAUAAUCUCCCUACAUCCUCGCAGAUCCUAUCAACGUCGUCCUCACAAACAUCUCUUUCUUCACUCAAAAGCAAAUCAUCACAAUUUUCUGCUUCAUCAGAUCAAUUUGAGAAUCAACUACGUGAUUAUGCCAAUUGUUUUGACCAAGUUCGUGACUUCAAGAGACGGUUAGCUUCAUAGUUCCGUGAGUGGUCUAAAGGGUCAUGAAGUUGCACAAAAUUGAUUCUAAAGUGAAGCCUUGCUAGUGAAUUGCUAAAUUGGAGUUAUUCCUAGCGUUCAUCUUCCUUCAUAUGUAGAUAUAUGCAGGCGCGUCCUUAUAUAUGUUUUGUCUUCAUUGGUCUCCUCCACGUGUAACGGAAUCGUUGUAUGAUAUUCCUCGAAGCUAUAUACCCCUCCUAGAAUUAAACUACUUCCCUUUCCUAAUCUCGGGAUGACCUUUAGGCCAAUUUAUGCUCUAUUUGGGAUCAACUCUACUUUUUUUCGUUUGUAGUUGCUAUCCCACGCAUGG